CGCCGCGGAGACACCCUAAAGCAGUAAACAGGUCAUGGCACGUUUAACAAAAAGGCGACAGGCGGCUACAAAAGCUAUCCAGCAUCUUUGGGUAGCCAUUGAGAUUAUACGAAACCAGAAGCAAAUUGCCAACAUUGACCGUAUCGCAAGGUAUAUGUCUCGAGUCCACAGUAUGCAUCCAAAAGAAACCACCCGUCAGCUGAGCUUAGCUGUGAAGGAUGGUCUCGUUGUGGAGACUCUGACAGUGGGCUGCAAAGGUUCCAAAGCUGGUAUUGAACAGGAAGGAUAUUGGUUGCCAGGAGAUGAGAUUAGCAUCAAGAAGAAAAAUACAAACAAGCAGGAGAUGAGCACCUACCUGAGGUUCAUCGUCUCCUACAUGAAGGAGAGGGCUAUAGACCUUCAUAAAAAGGGGAAGGACAACAAACACCCGAUGUACCAGAGGCUCAUACACUCAGCAGUCGACGUCCCCACCAUACAGGAGAAAGUGAAUGAAGGGAAAUAUCGAAGUUACGAAGAGUUCAAAGCUGAUGCUCAGCUACUUCUCCACAACACAGUGAUUUUCUAUGGAGCGGACAGUGAGCAAGCUAACAUAGCAAGGAUGCUAUAUAAAGACACAUGUCAUGAGCUGGAUGAACUACAGCUUUGUAAGAAUUGCUUCUAUUUGUCAAAUACUCGUCCUGACAGUUGGUUCUGCUACCCUUGUAUAACUAAUCAUGAGCUGGAUUGGGCUAAAAUGAAAGGUUUUGGAUUCUGGACAGCCAAAGUCAUGCAGAAAGAGGACAAUCAAGUUGACGUCCGCUUCUUUGGUCACCACCACCAAAGGACCUGGAUUCCUUCUGAAAACAUACAGGAUAACACAGUCAAUGUUCACGUUAAGCACAGUAUGGGAUGGAAAAAGGCGUGUGAUGAGCUGGAGCUGCAUCAGCGUUUCCUUCGUGAAGGAAGAUUUUGGAAGCCUAGGAAUGAGGACCGAGGGGAGGAGGAGGCAGAGUCCAGUAUCUCCUCUACCAGCAAUGAGCAGCUAAAGGUGACUCAAGAACCAAGAGCAAAGAAAGGACGACGUAAUCAGAGUGUGGAACCGAAAAAAGAAGAACCAGAGCCUGAAACCGCAGCAGUGAGUUCCAGCCAGGAAAUCCCCACAAUGCCUCAGCCAAUCGAAAAAGUUUCAGUGUCAACUCAGACCAAGAAGUUAAGUGCCUCUUCCCCAAGAAUGCUGCAUCAGAACACCCAGACCACCAGUGACGGAGUGUGUCAAAGUAUGUGCCACGACAAAUACACCAAAAUUUUCAAUGACUUUAAAGACCAAAUGAAGUCUGAUCACAAGCGAGAAACUGAAAGAGUUGUACGAGAAGCUCUAGAAAAGCUGUGUUCUGAAAUGGAAGAAGAAAAAAGACAAGCUGUACAUGAAGCUGUAGCCAAUAUGCAGGGUGAGAUGGACAGAAAAGGUAAGCAAGUAAAAGAGAAGUGCAAAGAAGAAUUUGUAGAAGAAAUCAAGAAGCUAGCAACACAGCACAAACAACUAAUUUCUCAGACCAAGAAGAAGCAGUGGUGCUACAACUGUGAGGAGGAGGUCAUGUACUGCUGCUGGAACACGUCGUGCUGCUCCAUCAGGUGUCAGCAGGAGCACUGGCACGCCGAGCACAAGCGCACCUGCCGCCGGAAGAGAUGA